CCUCGCCCUUUGCCGAGCGAGAGAGCGCGCGGGCGUGCGGGCGGGCGUGCGGGCGGGCGGGGUAUCUCGCUCACAUAUUGAUACAGUUAAACCACGCCUGUGCCUAAGCCCCACCAGCGCCUUGCACAGCGCACACUUGCACACACACUCACUCUUACAACAUUCGUGCGCCGUACGGAGUGAGGAUCGUGGAGUGGCAGCUUUGUGGAUUCAGCACCCCGCGGGCAGUGGACAGCGCCCGGCCGUGCCCUGCAAUGCCCGCGACGGCAGCAUGAGGCGGAGGAAGUGGAGAGCGGAGCUGCCGCGCCCGGAGCGCGCCGAGCAGAGGCCCGAGACGCCGCCGCGCUCCUCCAACGCCCCGGAGGGACCCGGGGGCGCGCUGGACGGCCAGCGCAGUGUGGGCAGCGGCAGCUCGUCGCUGCUCUCCGACUCUGUGCCCGGAUUCUCGUGCGGAACCGGCGAGGAGGAGGAGGAGGUGGUGGAGGAGGUGGAGGAGGAGGCCCCCGAGCAGCCGGGGCUGGCGGCACCGGAGCGCGGCGACGGGGACGCGGGGAGCCGCGGAGCGCCGGAGCCCGUGCCCAGGUGCGAGCCGGUGCCGGGGAACGGCACCCGGGGGCGGACCUCGGCUGGCGUCGCGAAGAGGAGCCGCGCUCCGCAGUCGCUCGGUGGCACUCUGGGCCGCGGGUCUCCGCGAUCCGAUCUUUACAACAACGAUGACGACGAUGACGACGACGACGACGAGGAGGUGGUGGAUGCAGAGGAGUCGAUGGAGGAACGCAAGAGCGUGAUCAUGCACCUGCUCUCCCAAGUCAAGCUGGGCAUGGACCUCACCAAGGUGGCGCUGCCUACAUUCAUCCUGGAGCGGCGCUCGCUGCUCGAGAUGUACGCAGACUUCUUCGCUCACCCCGACCUCUUCGUGAGGAUAGCGGAGGAGCCGGAGGCGCGGGGGCGCAUGGUGGCCGUGGUCCGCUGGUUCCUGUCGGCGUUCCACGCGGGCCGCUGCGGCUCCAUCGCCAAGAAGCCGUACAACCCGGUGCUGGGCGAGACGUUCCGCUGCUGCUGGGAGCUGCCGCGCUCGCCCGCUGGCAGCAGCAGCAGCCCCGUCGUCGUUCCGGACGGCCCCGUCCCCUGGGCCACACGUGACCAGGUGGCGUACGUCGCAGAGCAGGUGUCGCACCACCCGCCAAUCUCCGCCUUCUACGCCGAGUGCUACAGCCGGAGGAUUCAGUUCAUGGCUCACAUCUGGACCAAGUCCAAGUUUCUGGGGGUGUCCGUGGGAGUGCAGAACAUUGGCCGAGGCUACGGUCAAGAAGAGUGGGCCAAGAACGAGCCGUGGCCACGCGCUGAGAGCUGCUGUCGUGUCGCAGGCUGCGUGUCUCUGCUCCGCCAGGAGGAGGACUACAUCCUCACCUUCCCCAGCGGAUACGGUCGGUCCAUCCUGACGGUGCCGUGGGUGGAGCUGGGGGGCGAGUGCUCCGUGCGCUGUGCGCGCUCGGGCUUCCAGGCCAGCGUCACCUUCCACACGAAGCCCUUCUACGGGGGCCGGCGUCACCGCGUGACCGCCGACAUCUAUGAACCCAAGGAGAAGAAGCCCUUCUGCUCGAUAGAAGGGGAGUGGAACGGGGUGCUGUUCACGAAAGAGACAAACGUGCCCCACGGCGGCGGCGCGCUCUUCAUGGACACGCGGAGCCUCCCGACGACGAAGAAGAAAGUGCGCCGGGUGGAGGAGCAGCAGGGGAACGAAUCGCGACGGCUGUGGAGGGAGGUGACGCGGAGCCUGCGGGCGCGCGACCUGGAGGCGGCCACGCAGGCCAAGCACCGCGUGGAGGAGCGGCAGCGAGCAGAGGCGCGCGAGCGAGCGGCGAGCGGCGCCCCCUGGGAGACGCGGCUCUUCCAGAAGCACGGGGAGCACUGGGAGUACGCGAGCCCCCUCGCCAAGCGCCUGGAGGCCACGGGGCAGCCGUGACCUCGCGGGGUCCCUGCACGGCCCUGGGGGAGGGGGCGGCGGCGGUGACGGCCCGACACCGGGUAGCUCAACGCGUGGGCGAGGCGGCGCACUCCGUCAACCUUCCUCUGGUGCUCGUUUCCUGUGGGCCCUUCCCCCGCGUUAACGUUGGGCCUGUCACUCGGGUUGACACCCGCGAGGUACACGACAAAAACCACCAGGGCAUAUCAAUGGGAAGGAGAUGUCACAGUGCCGGAGGAGGGGAGAACUCCGUGUGAGUGCGGCGUCUUGACGACUGGUGCGUUAUUCCACAACUGGCAAAAACUGGAACUUUUUUCGUCCGAGCGAAGACUCGCGUAUUUCCCAGGUUGGCUACCUCAAAAAGAAGACAAUCCUGGGAUCGAGGUAGCCGUCCUGGGAAAAACCCAGGGAUGGGUGGCAACCCUAUUCGUUCCAGCGUUGAGAGGCUCCGAGGCACCGGGUAGGAGUCGUCGCUCGAUCCGAGGGACCAGGAACCAGGCACCGCCUCUCGCGGCUCCCUCGCUCCGGCCGUGGCUGAAAGUGCUGCCGGCGCAGCCUCGCCACGCCGUGUGGAGACCACCGGCGGUGGAGCAGAUGCGGCUGCCACCUCGGGGACGGUUGUGAUUUACGAGCCGCUCCCUUCCUCGCUUGGUCGCUCUCCUCGCGCCGCCAAACCUCGCGGGGAAAGUGACCGUUGGCGGAGACGGGGCCGCAAGGGCGUCUCACCCCUCCGCCCGCCCGCCCACCCGCCCCCCACACGGCACCCCCAGCCGGCACGCGUGUUUGCCGUGGUCUUUGCUCCCGCGUCAAAUCGCCAGCCCUCCUCGCGACGCCGGCUGCACGUCCCCACGGCUGGGCCUAAGGUCGAGUUCAGUAGUCGUCAACUCAGGUUACUUGUGGCUCCACAACGGUCGAGCAAUUUCACAUCGACAAAUCUUCACUCGCGUCCAGGAGACAUGGAAAAGUCUUGCCGGGUGUGAUGCCACCGAUUUAUGCAUCACAUAGAAUAACCAAUAAGUCACGUCGAAUUGUGAGACUCCCAACCUAGGAGAUAACAGGAUCGCAAGUGGGUUGUGAACCCAUCAUCUGUGCGAGUCUCUUAAGCAAGUGCAAUCUCUACAGUCACAUUCAUUCCACACGAGACGCUGCUGUGAAUGGGAUUGACCGAGCAAGUCAGAUGGCAAAAUAAAACAAGUCAUCCGCUGCUCAUGUGCAGUUGCGCAAGGGUGCCUAAGUCUUCGAUCCCGUGAUGAGAAUGCAAUCUCGCCGCAAAGACUGGGACAACGUUAGUGCACGUGAAGAACAGGGUCAUUCCCCAGCCACUACACAAUGGUUACACAAUAUCGCACUGACAUAGCUUUGAGAAUUACUAGAAUUGUUUACUUGACAAAUGUAUUAAAUACAUUAUUUGGUGACGCAAUAAUAGACCCUCGUCUGUAUGUAAAAAAAAAAGUCAUUCCUGCUCUAUUUAGUGUGUAAGUUGUAUGCGGUCUCAAAAUACUUGCAGAACUGACGAGAUGAUCAAACACGGGCAGAGCGAGCCCACGAGUAGCACAGUGGUAGAGCAAGCGGCUCACAAAUGGGGAGAGGUUCCGAGUUCAACUCCUGGCUGGGGGUUGUGGCUCAAGCCAUCAUCCCCUUAGGGUCACGAAAAUGAGUCCCCCAGUGUUGUGGUAAAGCUACAUCUUAGACUGGUUACUGCGUAUCGAGGUGUACGUGGGAGAAUCGAUGGACUCCGUAAUGAGUCGACAAAACCCUUGAAGCCACCAGAGGCGCUAAAACCACCACAGUGUUUUGAGAAGAAUGGAUUUUGGCGACCGGAGAAUUGAAAACGCUGAAAUAGCGAGUGCCGGGAAUCGUUUCGGGCUUGCCAAUCGGCACAAAGUGUUGGCAAUAAUCCAAGGAGAGUGGCCCCGUGUGUGCGCUGCGCGGGAGACGGGGAGAGGUGCAGAGGAGCCCUCGUAACGCCGCUGCACUCGGGUUGCCACCUCCGAGAAACAAACAAAUCCGGGACGCGUCGUGCCGAGAAACGUCAUCUCGCCAGUCCAGAAGAGAGGACCGCAUGCAAAUGCCUUGCCUUGAGGAGUGGUGAAAUGUUGCACAGGCAACAAACUGGGAAUUGUUGUAGGUCCUGGCAAGACGUCGUAGACGGAUGUUUUCAGGGCCGUUACUUCAAAUAAGUAAAGACUUCUGGGAAAACUACGGCGGGCGGCAACUCCACCCACCACACGAGCAACUUCAGGCCCAGGGGCCCAACGCAGUCCACGUUCCCGUGUUGGAGAUUCACCACAUGCACGGGUGCAGGCCAUUUGUUCAGUCCACUGCUGGACGAGGGCCUUCUCGCACCGUGCAGAGAGCGCCAAUUGACCACACUUCACCACUGUGGUCAGCCCGAGCUGGUGCGGGGAACAUUGCAUCGGGGUUUUCUGUGCUGCCCCCUGCUGCCCACGCGCGUGCGCGGGUCUGAUGGUGGUGGAGGGCAUCCGUGGAAGGGCCCUCCCGGCCACUGUUCUUCACCAAUUCCCAGAGGGAGGAGGGGGGGCAUAUUCGCCGAUAAGACAUCGGUGUGCGAUGGCCACCGCACAUUUGAAACCAUUGGGGUUUGACGGCACGAUGGAGCGUUUCACUUUGUGUGUUGUCGGGGGCCGCACACGAGCGAGGGGCCGCACUGAAGGUCACCGUUGGCCCCGCGGGCCUUGCGAUGAGGACCACUGCCCCAGGCUCUACCCUGCGUGGCUACCAAGGGCCGGACGAUUAAGUCCCAUGGCAAUAGAACUCGCACGCGGGUAUUGGGCAAAGCUAGCUGGACACACAGGGUCACUGCACCUUCCCCUGGUGGUUGGCGUUAGGGUGUGUAAUGUAAUCUAAACUCAAAAUGCUAUUCCGAUUAAAGUUGUCAAUCAUUGUCUAUCACCUGCCAUGACUCUUUCCCACGGGCCUGCGAUGGAUUACUCCACGGAGUGUUCCACCGCAGGAGCGUGGGAACUUGUAACGGUUUGGCGAAGCCUUCAUCCAGCAGCGGCUCGACCAGGGCCGAUGUUGAUGCGAUGGAAACUCAAAAUGCCGACACGUUUGGCACGAUUUCAAGCACGAGAAAAGCCUACACACAACACCUGUGCCACUUCAGCGGUGCAGUGAUGGCUGUGGGCACAAUCGGAGUGAACAAAUGAGGUGCGCGGACGCACGCGAGGGCUUUGAUACGCGAGUUGUGUGGAGUCCAGUGGCCCGAGGCUAAGCCGUGUUGACACGAAUACUCGCCCGCCCCGAGGACUGUCUGUAGGCGAUGCUACAGUCACACGGCGAAUGUUUUAUGCUGUAACAAUGUGUUUGUAAGGCGCUAUAUUAAUAUUACACGUAUUCUAAUUAAGCACUUACAUUUUACACGCCGUGUAUCACUCGUCCCUUAGCCAAUCCAUUUAAUUACUUAUUGCGGUGUUCAUGGGAACUAACAAUUGACGACUAUACUGCCUGGAGUAAGGCAACUAUAGGAUGGCAUUCUUACUCCAUUCGGAGUUAGGGUUGGGGUCAGAAAUGUGGUCAGGGUUGUGAUUCAACAUCACUGCUCCACUAGACGGCAGACAGAGCCCAUUCGCAGAUAGUUUGUCAAAUGUUGUGAAUAGUCAAAUAUUCCAUCACGGUUUUUUCUUCAGGAGUUAUAAUUGCAUACCGGUCGCCUGUUUUUGAAAAGUGAUUUUUUUUCCUUUUCAUUAAA